AUGGGGAGCGGUGGUGGGAUGGAGGUGGAGGUGCGCGUCGUCGGCGGCGCCCGGAGCUGCUUCGUCGCGCUCCCGCUCCACCUCAUCCAGGCCCUCUCCCGCACCUCCGCCUCCGGCGACCUCCCGCCCGUCCUCGCGCUCGACCUCCGCGCCGCCGCCGGCGCGCGGUGGUCCCUCGCCUGGUCCGGCGCCGCGUCCCGCUCCCGCGCCAUCGAGGUUGCGCAGGAGCUGGCAGAGUGCAUUUCACUGCCUGAUGGAACGGUGGCUCAACUCAGCGUAGCUCGCUCUCUGACCCGAGCUGACUCGGUCAGCAUCGAGCCCUUUAGCGAGGAUGACUGGGAGAUACUGGAGAGCCGUGCCGAUUUGGCUGAAGAAACCAUCUUGCAGCAGGUCGGUAUUGUUUAUGAGGGCAUGAAAUUCCCGCUGUGGUUGGAUGGCCAUAAUAUUGUGAAGUUUGUCGUGGUUUCAUCUAGCCCCAAAAAGUCAGUUGGUAUGAUUUCUUUUUCUUCAUUCACUUGCACGAUAUGUGUUACAUCAUUCGGAUGGAUGCUCCUUUGGAUGCCCAUUUACAUACCAUUGUGUUCACAGGUUGUAAUUUCCUCUUCCCAUAUAAUCACUAGGAAUCGGUUGUUGUAACAUAAAUAAUUAAACACGUCCGUUGGCAA